UGGCAGGCUCAGAGGGCGUGAGCGGCCUGGCCCAGUGCUGCUGAGAGGUAACUGGAAACCUCCAGGUGCCACCCAAGGCGAGUGAGAUGGGCCAGGGUUGACUUGGUUGAGGCUGACUUGCCUUCACCUGAGAUGUUACUGCAUGUGAACAGCAAGGGUCCAACCCAGCUGGUGCAAGUCGACAAAGCUCCCCCUGCAUCAGUGGACAACGGUGUGGGGUCCUGAGACUCUUUACUGCCAGGGUAGAGGCUUCUUCUCACGCGUGACCAUCCUUGCGUCCAGGCCUAGCCUUUGCUCACACUCCUGCUGGAUCGAAGUCACAACUAUCCACGUGGUAACAAGCGUCGCUACGCAGACAGAUCUCUGGUUCUCCACACUCCACAUUCAGCUCGGGGAUUUCUGACAUUUACAACUAGACAUGACAAGGGGUCAGAAGUUAUAGAGGUGGGAACAAUCAUUGGUAACCCUGUGUUUCUCUGGGUGUGCUUUGCUGUGGUGACUCAAGGGUUAAUGAGUUUGGGAGCACAGGCACCUGCCCUAAGCUAUGUUCCUUCCUUUUGCAGACAUCCUGUGAGGUCUCUUCCGCCUAGGGGAGCUGGAGAGGGCCUAAGCUACAAGGACGCUGUAUAGAAAUGCAGAGCCAUUCUCCUAACUCACACCAACCAUCAGACCAGUUGGGUCCUCUUAGCUCAAACACCAGAGCACAAAAGUGCGUGAGGCUAGGGGCAUGGACAAAGGCGGCCUGCAGGGAGAAACCCUAGGAACAGCAAAGCUCAGGCAGAAGAUAAUGUUUGCGGUUACACUUUAAACUGACAAUAAAAAGGCGAGCUCCUGGCUGCAGGACAGUUUGGAGGGCCUCCAGCACUAGAAGCAGAGAAGACAUAUCACUCCUUCUCCAGGAUCAUUUGGGAAAGAAAGAAAAUCCUCAUCUCUCUGUGGACUGAGAAAUGGAUCUUGGCUGGUUCCCCCCCGUCCACGCAUGCAGCUGAAGCCGGAUCCCUUCCCAUCCGCCCACAGCAGUCUACUCCGAUAAAAGCAGCCUGGGUAGGCAGAUCCAGCCAGAAGGCUCCUCUGCUGCUGAAUCCUGCUCACCGGCCCCAGCAGGACCCUCCUCCAUCUCACCAUGGCAAAGGCAACUGGGUUUGUCUGCGCGUUUCUCCUGCUGGCUUCGUUCUGCUGCCAGAGCCUGGCUCAGAAGGCCCCUGGCACACCGGACAAGUGCUGCUUCACGUUCCAGACAAGCAGGAUCAAGAAAGGCAACAUCGUUGGCUGGUUCCUCACCAACCCCGAGUGCUCCUACCCAGCCGUGGUAUUCAAGACUCGAAAGGGCAAAGAGAUCUGUGCCAACCCUGACAAGCGGUGGGUGAAGAAAUAUCAGGGAUUCUUCCAGACAAAUUCCCUGUCUGUCCCCAGCUAGACGAGCCGUGAGGGGAGAAUCCUGGAGACCAGCCCCCAGCUCUGUAACCCACACACACAGCUGCAAACAUCUCUUGCUAGCUUGACUUUUAAGCCUUUAACAGAAACCUGCUUCUUUUGUCCUUCCCGGGUGCAGGAUCUGAAACUCCAGGAGAGCUGCUCCCGACUCUUUGACUCAGCCCAUCUCAGGGGAGGGCUCUGGACACAGAAAGUGGUGCCUGAUGUUGCUGGCAGCUCUGCUGGGAUGCAGCGUCUCCAGCUGGGUUUAGCAGCCCCACGAGUGCACCUCUUCCCACAAGGUCCCCAUGGAGUGUGUGUCUGUACCACGGCGGGGUCACCUCCUUGGGGGUGCUUUGCAAAACCGUCUAGGGGAGCAGAUGUUCUGUUCUCAUGGAAAACAGGGUGCCCAGAUUCCUCAGCAGUUUUAAAAUUCCCAGCCCUACCCUGCAGACCCAGAUUGUAGCCUGGUUAGACCAGGCCUUCCUCCUCCCCAUGGCCCAGCAGGAGAGUUCCUUCCAGGGACCUGGGACAACCUCUCGGUCUCCUCGGUAGCCACCAGCACAGGAAGGGCCUGUCCCCUCAGGACAGUGAUGCAGGCAGGAGUUCAGGAGCCCAAAGACACAUGUCUGUUAAGACUGGCACAAGGGGCAAACUCCCCUGAGCUCCCCUAGAGCCAUGUCCUGGAACGCUUGUCCUUCCCCACCGGGGACGAGCCGCCCCCUUUGAGGCUCUUCUCCAGAGCUGUGUCCCAUCUAGUCUGCAAAGCCCCAUAGGCGACCCUGACCCAGCCCAGUACACACCCCUGAGCAGUGAUGCAGACAGUUGCCUCAUGCUAUGCAGACUCAGUGAAACAUGUCCCCGCCAAGCCAGUGAGGGAGACACCCAGCCAGACACUGUUAGCUAAACAACGCUUCCUGAGCAGAUCCCACGUCCCCCUGACUUUUUGUUAUCGUUCUGGGGUAAGAAAUGUCAAACACAAUGCUUCAAGCUUCAUAUGUACCUGCGUGUAAGCAUAUGGGUGCGUACGUGGGCAUUUGAUUCUG